ACUAAAUCAUACACACUGGACCUUUAACAAAGUUCAAAUACUAUUUGUUUCUGAACAGACAUUACACAGCAGCUUACUGGUGUCAACCGGUGUGAAAGUGCCUAUUUUAGAGAUUACAACAGCCUCUGUACAGAUUUUAUUCUUUAAUCUGCGUUUGUUAUCAAAAUAACUUUUAACAUCCGUUGUUUACCUAUUGAAAAUCAGUCAUUAGAGCUAAAUUGAGGCUAUAAUCAGCAGUAGUUGUUUCCUCUCUAGAGCCACUCAAAACAUAAGUGUGUUAAUCAAAUACAGGACCUGUCUGCAGACUCUGUGGAGACUGCACAAUUAGAUUAACUAUGGAAUGAUUAACAUCCGGGUGGUUAUGACAAUCAAACACUGAUAGGGUUGUUUUGGAGUCUAAAGUUUCUGAAACAGAUCUGUCAGUCUUUAAACGUUCACUUUCUGUCCACCUGGAUAAUCUUGAGUAUGUUGCCAUGUGAAAGAAGCAAAACAUGUGGCGCCUGGUCCAUUGUGAGAGCCCUUGAAAUUAGUCAUGCAGACUGCUGACCCACUUCAGCUGAAGGGAAAAGGCAACCGGGAAGUAGUAAAAAAAAAAAAAUCUAACAAACAUAGGAAGUGGGGAAGCACUUGAAGGGAAAAACAAAAUCUGCCUGCAGCUUCUUGUUUUGCUUACAGCUUCAAGUGUCAUCCUAAAGGAGAGACUCACCUCCUCUACAUGUACACAUUGUCACUUAAUGCUGGAUAAAUGAGGCUCCACAUCCCCAAUCACACAUCAAUCAUAAAUCAUUCUCCCUGUCACGACUCAAAUUGGCAUUAAACCGAGGUGCUAUUAUGCAUUGAGCACGUGUUAAAGAUUACAAUCUGCUCUCCUCCUCCUACUCCUCCACCUCCUCCUCCUCCUCCUCCUCUCAGCCACUACAGGUUUCUUUCGCUUGUGUUGCACAGCCGCCUGCUUAUGCUGCUGCUGCCGCCGAGUAUUGAGCUACCAGCUGACCUACUUUUCUCUCAGCCACUCGGUCCCUGUUUACAAGGCACCGCCAGCGGAGGAUGUGGAGUACAGUGCCUGGAAAAUAGACGGACACAGCCCCGCAACUAAAGAAAAAAAAAAAAAAAAAAAGGAAACAGCACAAAUAAGGGGGGAGUUUGUGUUUGUAGUGAUUUAAAAGGACUGUCAGAAGCUGCACAAAAAAACGGGUGAUUAAUAACAACUGCACGUUAUUAACUUAAGGCGUUGUUAUGCAAUUUAACGCUUUCAUCGCUGCCUCCUAGUUUGAGCUCAGCUGCUAUGCUGUAGUUAAAAAAAAAUGACUGGAUUAAAGUUACGCGUGGAUGUUUAUUUCUGCUGGAAACCCGCUGUCAAGGAUUUGAGGUUUCUUUGGUGGACUUACUGAGGCGGCAGACAGCUGGUCUGCGAUAGAUUUUUUCCAAAAGAGUGUUCAGACGUGGUCAGCGCGGAUGGGACUUAUAAGACUUCAGAGAGGGCCUGGUUGGGAAAGGGAGUGAGUAUGGACAACCUUUCUGACUUCGGUGGUCCCUGUCCAUCCACCUGCAGGGAAUGGGACACCAACAGCUGCGUGGAAGAUUUAAUGGAUGAAGAUGAGAAGGACAGGGCAAAAAGGGCAUCCCGUAACAAAUCGGAAAAGAAAAGAAGAGACCAAUUCAAUGUGCUCAUCAAGGAGCUAUGCACCAUGCUGCAGGGUCAGGGACAUCCGCGCAAGAUGGACAAGUCCACCAUACUGCAGAGAACUAUUGACUUCCUGCAGAAACAGAAAGACAUCACUGCUCAGAAUGAAACUUGCGACAUGAGACAGGACUGGAAGCCGUCGUUCCUCAGUAACGAGGAGUUCACUCAGCUAAUGCUGGAGGCCCUUGAUGGUUUCUUGAUUGCAUUAACUACAGACGGCAACAUCAUAUACGUAUCCGACAGCGUGUCUUCACUCGUUGGCCAUUUACCGUCAGAUAUGGUGGACCAAAAUAUCUUGAAUUUCCUCCCGGAGCGGGAACACGGAGAGGUGUAUAAGCUGCUAUCAUCCCAUAUGCUGAUGACUGACCCCAUUGCUGCUGACUUCCUUGACAGUGAGGCACAUAUUGAAUUUUGCUGUCAUCUAGCCAGGGGUAACAUUGACCCAAAGGAGCCGCCUGUAUACGAAUAUGUCAAGUUUGUUGGAGAUUUCAAGUUUCAUAACAAUGUGCCUACAUCUUCUUGUAACGGCCUUGAGAUGACGUUACCAAGAAGCCUGCAGUCGUCACUGGAGGAGCAGGUCUGCCUCAUUGCCACUGUACGAUUAGUCACUCCACAGUUUCUAAAGGAUUUGUGUAACGUGGAAGAUCCUUGUGAUGAAUUCACAUCCAGACACAGCCUCGAAUGGAAGUUCCUGUUUUUAGACCACAGAGCUUCACCGAUCAUCGGCUACUUACCCUUUGAGGUUCUUGGAACUUCUGGCUAUGAUUACUAUCAUGUGGACGACUUGGAGGUUAUAGCUCAGUGUCAUAAGCAGUUAAUGCAGUUUGGAAAAGGUAAAUCCUGCUACUAUCGCUUCCUGACCAAAGGUCAGCAGUGGAUUUGGUUGCAGACUCACUACUACAUCACGUACCACCAGUGGAACUCCAAGCCUGAGUUCAUCGUCUGCACUCACACUGUUGUCAGUUACGCUGAAGUGCGAGCUGAGAGGAGGAGAGCGUUUGGCUUUGAGGAGCUGUCUCCACCGGAGAUAGCUCCCUCUUCAGUGAAGGCUCAGGAGUUGUACUUGGACAUCUGCUCCACGCUGGACCCUCCGUGUGACAGAAACAGCGGUGCACGUUCGGUAUCCUCCCACAGCUCCCGGAAGUCCUCCCACACAGCGCUGUCGGACUCUGCAUCAGCUAACUCCUACACGGAGGCGUGCACGCCGUCAUGGCAGUCUGCGUCCAUCGGGACAGAGAAGACAUCUGCCAGACUGCAGCCGAGCAGUUCAAAGAAUUUGGUACAAAGACAGAAUUCCUUUGACCUCGUUCCCCAAAUGAGCCUCCCCCUUUCUCCUACCUGCAGCAAGCACUCCGCAAUGCAGCAGCAAACGCAGCAGCAGCAGCAGUCGUCCAUGUAUCAGCUGCAGCAGCCACAGCUCUGCGUAAUGAACCAGCUGAAAGAGCAGCUGGAGGAGAGGACGCGAAUUCUGCAAGCCGACAUCAAGACGCAGCAGCAGGAGCUGCACGACAUUAAGGAGAAGCUUCACCUUGCUAAUCUGCAGAUGUUGUUACAGCAGCCUAUCCACAAUGACUCUGGCCAGGCCCAGCAGCAGCAGCAGCAGCAGCAGCAGCAGCAGCAGCAGUCCCAGCAGAGCUCGGGCAGGCCGGCCCAGCAGAGCCAGUCCGGGGGGGUGAUCCGGCAGCUCUCAGGACACCCGAAACCACCUUCCUGUGGGGCCCAUAGUUCAUCCCCUCACUCACUCCUGAGAGAGAGCAGCUCACCCUCCUCACAGAUCCAGCAGCGGAUUGCUCGGAGCGGACAGGCGCAGUCAGCAGUGAGCGUCCCGGUGCAGACCAACACGAGUCUGACGAUGCCCUUCUACAGUAACCCCAUGAUGUUCUCCCAGACCAACACCAGGUCUCUGCAGGACGCAAACCAAAGACACACAGACAGCGAGUUUAACCAAGAUGGACAACUACGCAUGCUCCUCAACCAGCCAGUGCAGACACUGGUUCCCACUAGCAGUGUCACCUCGCAGCCUUCCCAGUGCAACAUGGGCAUCUCCCAAACCAUAUACACGUUGGAGCAGCAGAUCAUCGCCCCUUCGUUCUCCAUGCAACAGGUCAACUGCAACGCCGUCCUCGUGCCCUCCCCGGUCUUCACGUCGCCCAUAAUGAUCCCACACAACAGUUUCAUCACAAACCAGUCACAGUCGGCCUACCACACUCAGCCUCAGGUUUCUCAGCACUCCCUGCAGCUCCAGCAGCCCCAGCAGUUCUUUCAGAUGACUCAAGGACUCGUACACGGUGGAUCUACUCCAACAUUCUUACACACUGCUAAUGUCCCACAGCAAAACACUGUGGGAUACAUCCAGCAGCAACAGCAGCCGCAAACACAGCAAGUGCCGCAAGCACAGCAGCAGCAACAACAGGCCCAACAGCAACAAAGGCAGUACCAACAUUCCCAAAGCCAGGCUGGCAGCGUUUCAGACUUCCGAAAUAUGUUGACUCGGUAGCGCUGCGGACUGCGACAGAACGCUGAGAUCUCCCUCUGUGUUUGUUGCCGUGUAGGCGGCCGCACGUCGUGGCAUUUGGAAGUCAAAUUCUAGGUGAUAUUCUGCGGCGCUGAUGCUCUAAAUUGGGAAAUUUGCUUCGCGUGACUCUUUUGACGUGAAGCUGCCCGGCUGAGAGAGAGAGGACGCCGGCGUGUACGUGACCACGAGCAGAGGCUGCACAGGCCUGACGUCGACCUGCGGGAUCCGAGGAGAGUUUGGACCUUCAUCACUGGCCCCAAGUGGAUUAUCAAAGCUCUCGAGACGACCACAAAGAGAGUUUCCUUCUACAUGUCUGUUUGCACUUUGGUACCCAAAAGUAGAAUAUUUAUUUUUGCCCAUGAACUAAUAUUCUAUUUUCCUGAAUAGUGAGAUUAUUUAACAGACAGCUCGACACCCCUCCCCACAGAAAUCAUCGCCUCAGCUCAAGUGAACAUGUAUUCAUCUCAUAAAGGGAUUUGCAUACACGGGAAGUCUACAUCAAAGUGUAUUUCAGUUGGAUGUCGCCCCCAAUUUUGACCCUAAACCAGCGAUUUGCUUGCAGGUAUGUUCAUGCAGCUGUGUCCAUAAAUUCACACACUGGGAAAGCUUAUUGGAAAAGGUCUAUCUCGAUUUUUAAAGCCUCAAUCUGGGAUUGAAGAAGGGGUGCUACAACUAUCCCAUCUCACUUCUGAGAACGAGAACAAUGCUCUGACGUCUGAUAGACGAGCGAACAGAGGAGAGGGAGGGAACUUUGUGCCUUUAACCGUGGUGCGUCCACGGCGCGGUCUGAUGGUUUUGUCUGAUUACGGCUUUAAAAAUCCAGCUCAGGUCCAUUUGGAAUACAAAGUUAUAUUUUCAUAGGUCAUAAUUUAUUAUUUUCCACAUCAGAUUUUAAAACAAAAGACAUCUAGAUUUUGUAGCGGAUAGAUUACAAAUAUAUAUUGGAUGCUUUUUGCAACCUUUGCAUGAGUCAGUCCAAACUCUGUAAUGAUAAGAUUCAUUUAACUAUUUCCUGAAACCACUAAUGAAAUCAUGUUUUUUUAUUGAAUUUGAAAUAUAUAUAUAUAUAUAUAUAUAUAUAUAUACACACACACACACACAUACACAGGGGUUCAGAAACUAGUUUUAUACACAGAAGUUGAUUUGAUGUGUUCAUUUAAACAUCGAAAGGUCAGCACUGGUCUCUUGAUGUCUCGCCCUGCCUGGAUUUAACGGUUUAAUGAAUUCAUACCCCAAACUGCUGCAGAGGUGAUUUGAAUAUCUUGGAAAUGAUUUGGGAGAGAUUUUGCCUGCUGCCUGGAUAUUUGUGAACAGUAUUACGCCUGUCGAUCCUACUUACGUCUAACGCGAAAUGGGCUCAUUUACAAGUAAACCAUUCAUCGCUUCCUUCUAUGAAUGUGACUGAUAGAUCAUUUAAUCCUGCCUCCCUCCAACAAAAAAUAAAUCUGUUCACCUCCAGUGGAUUAUUGUGUAAAAUAUGCAGCUGCAGUGAUGACAAAAACACUAUAUUGCUCAAACGUCUGGAAGAACCCAGUAUUUCAAGAUGUUACAAUCUUCACAUUGUAACUUUCUGAGAGACGAUGCUUUAUGUUUGUGCAAAUGCUAAUCAGCUCUUAGCCAUAUUAACAUAAGUGGACAUUAACAUAUUUACUUUCUCGUUCUCUUUAAAGCAACAUUAUGUAGUAAUCUGUAUUUUUGUAAUUUAGCGCCUCCAGUUUCAGAGUGUAAUACUUGUCUUGUCCAGCGUCUUCUUGCUCGGUCACUCAUUUUCUCUCUUAGCUUCCUCCGUCAACGUCCCCUUCAGUCUUUUCACCUGUGUCCAUUAUAUCCAUAGAGGCUGCUAAACCUGGUUACAUUACCUCUUGGCCAGUUACACUGCCUGCUCACUUGGCUCUGGUUCUGGCACGACACUGGCUCUCCAUGUCAGCAUUCCCCCACGCCCCGGGCCUGAAAACCUCCUCUUCUUCCCAGUGGUGCAAAACACUAUGGUGUCAAUCACUAACACUCCCCCGGUGCUCUGAGUUCACAGGCUGGGUUGCCCGACUAACAAGCAGUUAACUUAACUGUCCACGAGGAAUGACAUAGACUGAAUUUACCUGAUUACACGUCAGUGUAGCAUCAACGCAAUUUAAAAUCCGCUUUUUUAAAAGGUUGAAAAGUUGCAUAAUGUUGCUUUAUAUUUAGAUAUUUGGACUGUUCUGAUGAAGCCGGAUUAGCAGUUGAACAAACUACAGAACAUGUUUGUACAUCUCUCUUCUGUUGAUGACAAUCAGAGAUGACUCGUAAACAGCAUACUGUACAGAAGCUGCCUUUAUGAUUUAAAUUUAAAAGAAGAUAUUUAAAUUUGUUCCCAUCUGGAAAACUUGUGCUAGACUUUAUAUAAAAAAAACAGCUGUACACAUUCAACUAUAGCUACGUCACAGUCCCUUUCAAGGCUGGUGCUGUUAAUCGCGGAUGACAGGACUCGAGUGUCAGAACACUUUCAACAUGUUCGUUCAGUGCCGUUUUACACUUUUUCCUAUGUGCAAUGUCGAUUUGAAAAAAUAAGAAUGUUAAUUUAUACUGUUUUAAAUGUUUCAGAACAGAUGUACAAUAUAUCGAGGUGUGUAAUAAGCCAUUGUAACAUGUAAAUUGUAUUGAAGUAUUUUUUUAAAUGAAAAUGUCCUAACAUUCCUUCAGCCAUUGAUCGGUAUCUUUUAAAAGGUGCAGGAUGUGUCCAGUGGAGUAAAGCGUCCAUCGUGAUCAUGACACACACAAAAAAAAUGGUUAAAUGAAGAAUUUAAAGGUGUUACGUCAGGAUGUAGGAACCUGUUUUGUUUUUUUCCAGUUAGCUUUUAAAGAAAAAGUGCAAUUGUACAUCAUCAUCUAUGUUUUUAAAGAUGGCUGAGGGAAGUCUCGGCCUCCCUUGACGUGUUUCUCUAUACAUCCAUGAUUGGUGUAGCGACAGCCCAGAGAAGUUCAAGCUCAGCCAGCAACUCAGAGGUGCCAUAGAUAGAUAUAUUUUUUACUUUCCUUCAUUACUCAAUUACUGAAAGAAAUCUAAAAAGGCAUUAUUUAGGAGAUUUAGAAUUUAAAUCGCGUGAUUCAGAGAAGAUUUCAGUCCGUGUUCGUCUAGAAAACAUCGGUCAUCGCUCACUUUUCUGUCUCGUGAAGGUGGUUGAGAGAAAUUCAGCUCAUCAAACUCGACUCUAAGCGAGUCACGUUCGUGCUCCAGAUGUGGGUUAACCCUUAAAUUAAUUUUGCUUUGGACAAAUCACCUCAUCCUGUGACAGAUGUUUGGAGUCAAGAUGAUUUUUUAAAUAAUCUUGUAAAUAAUCCAUCCACUCAGUCGGUACAGUUUCUGUAGUCGCUCUCUCCCGCCACACUUGUUUUUUUCUUCUUCGUCAGGGGGUUUUUCAUCGAGUGUUUCAUGAAGGUGAUUUGAAUCAACUUUUUUUUCUGAUGUGUAAAAUUAACGACUGACACCUUUCUAAAUGUAUGAGUGGGCAGUCAGAUCAAUGCUCUCCGUGUUAAGACUUUGCCAGGACAUGAACAAACCAAACCUGGUUCACAGCCAUUUCUGCAGUUUGAGUGCGGAAAACAAAAAUGUUUGAAUAUAUUGUAUCAUAGAAUGUAAAAAAAAAUAAAGUUUAGACGAUACAGUUGUUUAUUUUAUAUGUCUAAUAGAUUACAUAUGUAUGUUACAUGAUUUUAAAAUUAAAGCAAAUUUUGUAACAGAUAAUGAA